AUGAGAAACCAUACAGCUCUAAACACAUUCAUCCUCCUGGGACUGACCGAAGACCCACGACUGCAAAUUCUGAUUUUUAUAUUUCUACUGAUUGCCUACAUGUUGAGUGUAACUGGAAACCUGACCAUCAUCUUCCUGACAUUAGUAGAUAUCCACCUGAAAACUGCCAUGUACUAUUUUCUCCAAAAUUUCUCCUUCUUAGAAAUCUCAUUCACCUCUGCCUGCAUUCCUAGAUUCCUAUACAGUAUAUCAACAGGUGACAGGAUCAUUACUUAUAAUACUUACCUAAGCCAAUUGUUUUUGUCAUACCUGUUUGGAAUAACAGAAUUUUUCCUCCUGGCCACCUUGUCCUAUGAUCGGUAUGUGGACAUCUGCAAACCCUUGCAUUACUUGACCAUCAUGAACCACAGUGCCUGCAAAACGCUUAUCUUGGGCUGCUGGAUAACUACUCUGUUGAUCAUAUCCCCAUCCUUUAUCCUUGGACUCGAUCUGGAAUUCUGUGAUUCUAAUGUCAUUGACCACUUCUUCUGUGAUGCUGAUCCUCUCCUGAAGAUCUCAUGCACAGAUACGUGGAUCAUAGAGCUGAUGACUCUUGUGGGCUCUGUGUUGAUCUUCAUCAUGACUCUUGUGUGUGUGGUGUUGUCCUACAUGUAUAUCAUCAGAACAAUUCUAAGAUUCCACUCUGCCCAACAAAAGAAAAAGGCCUUUUCCACCUGUUCUUCCCACAUCGUUGUGGUUUCCAUCACCUAUGACAGCUGCAUCUUUGUCUAUUUCAAACCUUCAGCAAAAGAUGAAAUGGCCAUUAAUAAGGGGGUGACAAUACUAACUACUUCAAUUUCCCCCAUGUUAAACCCAUUUAUUUACACCCUGAGGAACAAACAAUUCAAAAAAGCCUUUAAUAACUUAGUCAAAAGAAUUUUAUUAUUCUCAAAACAUGAGAGAAAUAAUGACAUCAACAUUAAUCCUAUUUUCUUAAGUUUCCCUCCUAUUUUGUCUCUUCCUGAUCUAAAUUUGACAUUGUAUUCAAUACCAUGCAUAAUCAACUCAUUCCUUGCUUCUCCUUAUAAACAAACCUUUUUGAGAAUGAUAACCUUCAGUAAGAAAAUAUGA